GAACGGUUGUGAAGAACGCUUCAAACGUCUAGCGACACCGAUCACAUACUUUGUUGAUUUUAGUUGAAAGAAGUUUUAUUUUUAAAUUGAGCCAUGUACGAUCUUGCUGGAAAAGGUGGAGGCGCCAGUAUUGUUCUGGCAACAUCGAAUGACCAGAGGCACCCGCCUGAGAACAUGCUGGACGGGUCUGAUGAUACAUUCUGGUCAUCAACAGGUCUUUUCCCACAAGAGUUUAUCCUAAGCUUUGGCAAUACUGCGGAUGUGCAGAAAGUUUCCAUUACUGGCUACAACAUCCGACACCUGCAGAUUGAGAAGUCCACUAGUCCAGAUGCUUCAAGCUUUGAACCAGUGACUGAAAAGGAUAUUCCCCAGACGGAUGGACAGUUGCAAGUUCAAGAUAUUGAUGUUCGCACAAAAGCCUCCUAUUUAAGAUUUGUCGUUGAUGCUGGCUAUGACCAUUUCAUCGCCAUUUACAAAUUGAAUGUGUCAGGAAAUGCAUGAGUUUUUUUAUGAGUUUAAAAACAUUUUUGGUACAUAUGAAGUUUACGACCUAAAUUAAGAUUGCAAGAGGUGUGUAAGAUAACUGUUGGUCAAGUCACAAAGCUGCUACUGAUUUGAUUUUAUCUUGCGUUUAUUUAUUAUGUCCUGUUAACUCAUGAGAUCAGUUCAUUUACAACUUCUUUCAAAAUUAAAAAUUGCAUUUUAGAAACAAACAUUUUGAAUUGAAAAGGAAACAAACGUGAUCUGGACAUUCAUAAGUAAUUUUAAGUGGAAUAUACAAUCAAGUUAUUGAGAUUUUGUUGGCUGUGCAUCCAUAUUUUUCUGAAGCAUUGCAUUUAAUAAAUAUUUGUAUCACCUGUAAAUACAUAUGGCUUAACUUCUACACACAACUCAGAAUAAUUAACUGAUGAAAGGGAGACAAAUACUGUAAGACUGUUUUGAAUUGGUAAUAUUUGUUGUUACUGAUUGAGUAAGUUAAUUCCGUCCAAAUAAAAAUAUAUAUUGAAAAUGA